GUGACUUGAACUUACCACGUGACUGGUAGCAAAGGUAAAUAAAUCAAACAGGAAGAAUAAACACCAAACCGAAAGUACUUCCCAGCCAGGUGAAUAUCGGGUUGGGGGCCAUGAUGGAUUCCAUGUUCAUCGACAGCGAUCUGGGCGGAGAUCGGGUGUAACAGAUACACAAUGGCCACACCAAACACCCAAGCACAGGAGGUCAUCACUUGUGACCUCUGUACCAAACCAACCCGAAAAUUCUGUAACAACUGUCAAGUAAGUUUGUGUGCAGAUUGCAUCAAUAAACAUGUGGAGAAGCUCGACUCCCUACCACAUGACAUCGUUCCUUUCAAAGACAGAAAGGUGGCUUUCCCCGAGUGUGAAUUUCACUCCAACCAGAGAUGUGAGGUUCACUGCCAACGAUGUGAUAUUCCAGUUUGUCUGCAAUGUAUAGCUGGUCCCCACAAUGGACACAAAGUCAAGCAUAUCCCGGAAAUAUUCAAUGAGAAGAAAAAGGAACUUGAAGAGGAAACCAAAGAAAUUGAAUCCACCAUUAUUCCGCAAUACAAGAAGAAAAAUGAAGAAACAGAAAGCAAUAUAUCCAUUAUAACUGCCGAAUUUGAUGAAAUGGAAACAGAAAAGGAAAAACAUAGAAAACUCUGGCACCAAGAAGUAGAUGCUAUUUUCAAUACACUUGGGUCUUUGAUUAAAUUCAUGAAAGAGAAUCACCUGGCUGCUCUAAUAUCCCAUCAAUCCAAAAUAAAUAAUUGUAUUCCAGACAUGAUCCAAACAGUUCAACAAAACAAGAUGAUCAUGAAAUCAAAGAAAGUGUCUGAAGUCACUAACUACAAAUCAAAACUCGAGGAAUACAGAAACAUGCCUACUGAUAUUGAUUUCAAACUGCCAUCACUCAAAACCAACACAGUCCAAGGGAGAGAACUCAGUCUGGAAUUAGGAGAAUACAAGGCUAGCCUGACACAGACAACACUGUCCAGUCUGACAGAGGAAGUCUCCUAUUUAUCUUUACAAAAGCUGUUAGAGCAAGCUAAAUCAAUUACAACCAUUCCUACUGGACUUAAUCCUCUAUACCAAGUUGCCUGUGUGGGAGUGGAUGAAGUCUGGGUUAGUGGUGAAGAUAAAACCAUAAGACGUGUUGAUAUACACGGGUCUGUACGGGACACUGUCACCACCACAUGUAAAACCUGGCCUGAUGGCAUCACAGUGACCAGACAGGGAGAACUGGUAUACAGUGAUGCUAACAAUAGAACUGUGAACAUUGUCAGACACGGGAGAAUAGAGACACUGAUAACCACACCACGGGGCUGGCAUCCAGGUCAACUAUGCUGUACUAAGUCAGGGGACAUCCUGGUCAGUAUAUAUACUACUGAUUUUAGCCAAUAUAAAAUUGUCCGUUAUCAGGGACACCCAGUGACACAGGAAAUAGAUAGAGAUGAAGAUGGAGAACCAAUCUAUAAAGGAGGGAAAUACGCACUGUAUGUGGCGGAGAACAACAAUGGAGACAUCUGUGCCUCUGAUAGAAAAGGUGACAUCGUGGUCGUGGUGAACAAGUCAGGAAGAGUCCGAUUCCGAUACGACGGUACACCAGCCAGGAGGAAGAGGUCAUUUGAUCCUAGACAGAUAGUGACAGACUCCUUGAGUCAGAUCAUUGUGGCAGAUUACAACAAUGCCUGUCUACACAUCCUGGAUCAGAACGGACAGUUCCUGAGAUGUGUGGACAAAUGUGGACUAGAUAAACCUAAAGGACUGAGUAUGGACAGUGAGGGGAGGUUGUGGGUAGUGUUAGUUUAUUCAGGAGAAGUGAAAGUGAUUCAGUACAUGAAAUAAACACACACUGUUUACAACCUGUAAUGUACAGACAUCAGAUCAUGACGUUCAAACAGUGAAUUAAUUCCUGGAGGUUUAUAAAGCCUAAUCACGUUAUAACUGACAGAACUGACACGAGAACUUCAAAUCACAUCUCCUUUGCUAUAUGAUCGGUCCGUUUGAGAACUUACAAAAUGAAGUUCACAUGGACAACCCGAAAUAAUCACAAUACUCGUAUAAAAUAAAACUUGUAAAUAAAAUUACCAAACACCC